UAUGGCCAGUACGGCAGAGCCUUCGCUAUUUUGCGAACGGUGAUAUCAUCUUGAGCGCGCUUUCAACCCCUCGGUCCGAUUUCCGAGAAAACUGUUCGCGGAAAUUCCGAUUGUCGCGAUGACGGCAGAUGGCGCAGAGGAUGACGCAACGCACGCAACGCGUUCGCCGAAAUGAAGUAGCAAGAGAGGGAAAAGAAUCCCUACCCGUCAACAGUUCGCGUAACGCCGCGUCUGCGACAGCACAAGAUAUGGGUCCCGUCCACCUGCUUGACCCUCAUCACGUCGUCUGGCAAAGCGACGUCGAGCAGAAAUGCUGCGCAAGUGAGAACAGUGAAGAUUUGUUGGAGCGACCAAGUUCUGCAAUCGACAUGUCCUUGACGUCACGUAUGCCCCCACUCAUCCUCCCAGUACCCAAGAAGUCUGUACAACCAAUCCCUCCAGAGUGUAAAGACGAUGCAUACUGGGAGCGACGCAAGAGAAACAAUGAGUCUGCCAAGCGGUCCCGGGAGCUGAGGCGCAUUAAAGAGCAGCAGACGACGCUACGGGUUUUGUACUUGGAGCAAGAGAACCUGCAGCUCCGCACUGAACUUUCCAUGCUGCGUUCGGAGGUGGAUAAACUACGGCAGCUUCUAUUUGCCAGCAAACACAGCUGACGCUGUUCUGUGACAUGACAAGUGCACCUGUGAUGUUUGUUUUAAUUUAUGCAUUGUGAUAUAUGCCGACGUUCCUUUGCUCUGUUGAGCAAUCCGCCAAAGUGUGUUUAACAUUUUCUACUUUGUUGCAUUGUUGUCCCUAAUGCUGGGGAGCACCCACAGUCACAAGAGGCCUCUAAAUAAAUGUUCUUUCCACCUUU